UCUUUUCUUCCUUAACGGAACACGCGAGUCGCGACACUCGUAUCUGACAUGAAAAAAAAAUAGAAGGCAACACUGGCUUUUCUUAUCAUUUCAUCAUUUGCGAUUAAGCAAGCAACUCGCUCAGAAGUGCACAACUUACUUAUGCAUUUUCCCCAACAAUAGCGAUUAGUUCGUGUUACUUGUGUAGAUUGUUUUCAAUGUUCUGUGACGAAGAUUAAUUUCUCAAUUUGUACGCGAUAGUCGAGUGGUAAUUGAAUAGGUGUAAUGGAAGCAGUUCGGUCGAAAAAAAGAAAAACCACAUCAAAAUCAAAAAUAUCUAAACAACCUAAAAUGGAUGUACCUCAACCUUAUUUCCCUAAUUAUAUCACCAAAGAAGAACGUCUCAAGUCUUUUGAAAAAUGGCCCAUUCCAGAAAUAAAAACACCUCUAGAACUAGCUCGAAUUGGAUUCUUUUAUUCUGGGCACGCAGAUUUAGUACAGUGCUUUUCAUGCGGCGGUGGCCUUUCAAAUUGGAAAAUAGGCCUAGAUGCUGCUUUCGAACAUGCCAAAUAUUACCCGACAUGCGGUUACAUAAUUGAAAAAAAAGGCGAAGACUUUGUGGAGGAGGUGAAAAAAAAAGUGAAAAAUCAAUACAAGAUGGAAGAAUCGCGUUUAUCGUCGUUUGCUGAUUUUUGGCCUGAAUCAGCGACUAAAACACCUAAACAACUAGCAAAGGCCGGAUUUUUCAACACUGGGGAUAGUGACGAUGAAGUUCAAUGCUUCGAAUGUGGUAUCACGAUAACGGAUUGGAAAGCUGACGAUGACGUCUGGUUUAAACAUACUAAACUGAACCCAAAAUGUAAAUUUGUUUUCGAAAUAAAGGGACCAGAAUUUACAGACAAAGUACUUGAAGUUAAGUCGACUAUGGAGGAAGCAUCUCAUAUGCAGAAAAUGAUAAAAGAUCAAAAUCGAGAUCUUGAUCAUCCCUGCCAUGACAAUUAUAAAAGUGUUGAACAACGAAUGCAAUCUUUCAAAAAUUGGCCAAUUCCACGAAUAAAAAAACCAGAGGAGCUGGCUGCAGCUGGAUUUUAUUAUUCAGGUCAAGAAGAUUUCGUAGUUUGUUUCCAUUGUAAUGGAUCACUUUACGAUUUGAAAGUAAACGAAGUAGCCAGCGAAGAACAUGCGAAAUGGUAUCGUACAUGCGCAUUUAUUCGUCACCUUAAAGGUGAAGCGUUCGUCGAAGCAGAGCAAAAAAAGCUGAGGAAGUUUUAUAGAACAGAAGAAGCUCGUAAAAAAUCGUAUAAAACUUGGCCAAAUUUAGCAAAUAAAGAUCCAGAAGAAUUGUACGAAGCUGGAUUUUUUUACCUAGAAAGUGACGAUUUAGUUCAAUGCUUCGAUUGCGGUUUUUGGUAUAUUGACUGGCAAGUUUACGAAGAUCCGUGGUUCAUCCACGCAAAACUCAAUCCUUCUUGCAAAUUCUUACGCCAAAUGAGAAGUGAAUCUUUUCUGAGUCAAGCAGAACUAGUAUUAGCCGCUAGAAAAAAAGGUAGUACAAUAACUCUCAUCCGUGUAAACGAAUCCGUAUUCAGAACUAAAGAAGAUAUUAUUCAAGAACUGAUGAAAUUGCCCAUCGUCCAAACGGUUUUAAAAGUCGGUUUUAAUGAAUCCAAUAUAAGAUUAUUUCUACAACAUUACUUGAAAUGGCCGGAAUCGUCCAGAACAGUUGAAAAUUUAUUUUCCUUAAUCAUGCUUUCUCAAAAAGAAGAUCAAGAAGUAUUCGCCUGUCUUGAAAACUUGAAAGAAGAAAACGAUCUAUGUUCAAAGGCAAAAACAUGUAAAUUUUGCUCUAAACAAGGUCCAAUAUCGAUACUUGUGCCUUGCGCGCAUCUGCUCAGUUGCUGUCCCUGUGUUGCUAAAAAUUUGAGACGUUGCUUAUCUUGCAACGAAGAAAUCGAACACAAGUUGGAAAUGUUUCCAAAGUAAGAAGAUUUUGUUUAAAUUUAAGACCAUUUUUAACCAUUUUGACGAAUUGUAAAUGCAUUAUUAGCUAGAAUCUUUUUAUAUAAAAUGGACUUUACUCGA